AUGUCAGGCCCGCGAACCAAGCGCCAAUUCGCGGGCGCAGCGAGCGAUCUAGCGCAGCGACAAAUCACGUCCUUCUUCAACAAGUCCGCCGCCUCGCCAUCCUCCUCUCCAGCAGCAAGUGAUUCCGCAGCGCCAUCAUCGUCCGCAACCACCAAAACACCAUUCAACGGUCCAAUCCUACCCGGACACGUGCAAGCCAACCUUCUCAGCGUGGGGAUGCGCGUCCGGAAGUCGGUGCCUGAGGGCUACAAGACGGGCAGCGUCCGCUCUGCCUUUUCGCUGUGGAGCGAUACUAGCGACAGCGUCCCUAUCGCCACCGAAAGUAGCGCAUCCUCGACAUCUUCGCAGCUGCGGGAGCUCGAGCCCUUUUGCGGGCUGAACCGUGUCGGCGGUCUCGCCGUGCAGCAGCUGCCGGCUGUGCCCUCGUUUGGCGGGCGCCGACAAGCCGUGUCCGUCUACAACGACGACGACAAUGAUGAAAUGGACACGAUGCCGCCCGUGCCUGGCCUGACGAGCAGCCAAGAGUCGGCGGUAAGCAGCGCCGAGAGUUACAUCAGCACCGCGGAAAUUGCGCCCGCGACGAUCGUCCCAAUGCGAGCAGCUGCCACAACGCGCAAGCGCAUCUACGUGGCCGAGGACGAGGAGGCAGGCGACGGAGAUGGCUUGCAGCGCCCCGCUGCGCUGCUGCAGCACGGAGGGCCGUGGAGGAACCGCCAGGACUGGCUCGACGGAGAAAUGUCGCCGCGAAGCCUGGCGCCGGUGGGCUGGGAGGAGAACUCGCGCGUGCUGGCGGUGCCGAAGCGACGGCAACAGCCGCACCACCAACAACAACAGCAGCAGCAGCAGUUGCUUAUUUCGCCGCAGGGCCUGGGCGCAGGCAUACGCAAAGUCGGCAGUGCAGGCGAUGCUUUAUCUUCAGCCUCGACACUUGCUCAUGCCGACCAGGAGAACAUAAUGGUGGUGGACGAGGACGAUUUCCAGGAGGCGGCCUUCCUGGACUAUCGACUGAGAAGCGGUGGCAGCGGCAUUGGCAGCGAUAUGGACGUUGAGUGA